GCAGGAACAUAUGUCCGUGUGAUCCAGCAGGGAGUCAGAGAGGGAGGAUUUAGGGACGCGAGACGCUGCAGGACGCUGUGUGCGUGAGACCCAAAGGCUGGAACAGGAGGAGGGCUGGAUUUAGGAUGAAGACAGUGAGAGGAUAAGUCAAAGGUUGAGGAAUUGCUACAGAAAUGAAAAAGGGUGUGUCGAACAUGUUAGUUAUGGUCAGAGGAAUUACUGGGAAUGCUGCUGGUCAGGAAGGAAUCUAAUAAAAAAGACGGGGUUAAAUGAGGGAGUAUUUUAAAAGGCACAUUCUGUAUUUCUUUAUUCUGUUUCUCUAAUGAUACCACUUUAAUAUAAAUACAGCCACCAUUUUCAUUGAAUUAUGUUAAAGUCCACCAUUUCAGACACUUACUGCACAAUCCAAACACACACACACACACACACACACACACACACACACACACAUGUGCGUCUUUCUGUAGCUGUAAGGACAAUCAUUAAAAUAAUGCAGCCCCAUUCCUAACAUUACAUAACCUGAACCUGAUUCUAACAUUCACUCUAAAAUCAAGUCUUCACAUAAUGUAACCAUGGUAUUAUUUUAUUCACAAUGUGUCUAUACAGUACGACAAUCAAUAUACACACACACACUUAGACACUUUACACUCAUUCCCAGAAACAUGUUGAUGUGCGAGCACUUUCUCCCUGUCUCUGUCCAUUGGAGAUUAGCCUUUCCGUUGUCAUGGCGACCAUGAUUGUGCAGCUGAAGGACAGGGGGAGUAGAUGGUGGUAAAACGGUGUGUGCGUUUGCGUGCGUUUGUGUGUCAGCGUGAGACAAUCCGAGUGAGUGACAGCCAGGCUGGAGGUAUUCAGCCUCAGCUCCGAGUGUGGGCUACUUUCCCUGUCACCUUGACUUAAGACUAAUUACAGCAGAUCUGAGAGAAAUGCACAGAUGAAUGACUGGAACACCUGCAGAUACAUGUGUCAGCAGAGACGCAUACAGAAAGUGCAAUGAGAAACGCUCAGACAAAGUCAAGGUUAGAUCUACUCACACUAAGCAACACCUGAACAAACUCAGGUUAUCCAAAAAUAAAACAUGUGCAGUAAAAAAGUCUCAUUUCAUACGUCACUGGCAUAAAAGAGUUCAAAAGUUGCAACUGCAGCUGCACCCUCCACUUUACAGUAUUUAUCCAAAUGAAUUAGCAAAAGCGCCAGAGGACACGAGAUCAAAUGCUUCUUGUGAGCUGGUGAUUUGGUCACGCUGUUCAAGAUAAAACAGCGAAGGCAGCGGCAGCUCCUGGAUCAGCAGUAAACCUCGAAAGAUCAAAACAGCGGCCGUGUGUGUGAGUUGAUAGGAAUCUGGAAGCCACAAAAUGAGACUUUUAAUCUGGCCGUGAGUGGGGACGAAGCGAGAUACGGUGUAGAUGUAAUUAGACAAGACAAAUGUGACGCUGGUGAAGCUUCUCUGGUGCCAACGUGUGUGCAGCUCUGCCCAGAGUUCAGAGACGAGACGUAAAAGCAAACGAGGCAAACAAGGAUAGAGAGUUUGUGUAACUGGAGCUUUAUUUGGCUCCACACAGAGACCACACAACUGAAGAUAACGUGAGCACAGCAGGAAUAAGGACUGGGAAGGAAAACCGUCCAAACAGAAUCUGACAGGAAAAAAAACCCAGAUGACGUCACAUACACCAUAUACACAGACAACCGCUGUCACUCACACCUAUGGACGAAACAGUUCUAACCAAGUGCACAUUUUUGGACUGUUGGAAACCAGAGAACCUGGAGGACACGCACAGAGACACGGGGAGAACAUGGAACUUCCACACAGAAAGGAAUUUGAAGACCAAAAGUGGCAAAUUCAUCAGAUGCCACAAUGUAAAACUCAAGUCCAAUGCGCAGCCCACUGUCUUCAGUCAUUAAUUAAUGAAUGAAAUGGUGCAGCAGCAAAAUGUGUGAAUCUUCAUAAGAACCACUGCUGAGGAGAGGAAACAGAUUUGAUGUAUAAGUCACCUUCAUUAACGGAGCUUUAAAUGAGUUUGUUUGAAGUUGAUUCAUGUCAGACAGAAAACGAGUGCGGAGCUGAAAACAGCACAAAGGACGUCUCCUUCCUGCUCCAGCGUGAAUGAACCAACCAUUUUCUCUUCCAGGCUUUUAUGAUUGAUUUUGAGGGGAAGUGCUUAAGAGUUGAUGACUUUCUUGCUCCUUUGGGAGGGAUUUUCUAAAAAAAAAAGGAAAUAGGCUGAGAAUGAGUAGGAUGUAAAAGAGUGUAGUGGCUUUGUCCAAACUGCGCUGAAACAGUAGCUCUCAGAAACGCUGAGCAACGACAACAGCAAAGCAGUUCAUUACUGAUAAAGGAGUUGAGGCGCGGUGGGAAGAGGCUGCAGCCGCGUCACCGGUGGCAGCGAGUUCAGCUUGUAAAAAAUGCAGCAGGGCUUCUUUGUCGCUUUGAGUCGGCACAGACACACAGGCUGAGCUAAAGCAGGCGUUUUUAAAGAGCUGCUGUAUUGGUUUGAAAGUCAAAACCAGGAACAGAGCCAGGAUGACGAUGAUGAUGAUGAUGAUGAUGAUGAUGAUGAUGAUGAUGAUGAUGAUGAUGAUGAUGAUGAUGAUGAUGAUGAUGAUGAUGAUGAUGAUGAUGAUGAUGAUGAUGAUGAUGAUGAGCAUGAAGGCUGCCAUGAUGUCCUGUGAAACUCUGCCUCUUCAUCAUCUGCUGUCACUGGGAUAAAAGGAUGAUGCUGCAGGUUAAGUGAUGACUCAGCUCCGGUCAACCAGUCAACCUUUAGGACUUUUAAAUAUAAUAGUUUCAGUAUUUAAAAUAAGAACCUGGACCGUUUUCUGUCAUCUAUCAAAUUAAAACAAAUCAAACAUGCAUCUCACUUGAUCGCUUCGAUUUAAUUAGAUUUUAGUUAGAUGAAGCAGCAGCACAAACACAUAACAUAUGCAGCACGUCAGACGUGAUCAACACCAGCGUGACCUCGUCUGUUUGGUGUAAGAAAUUCUGGUUUUCCCCAAAACUCCAAUGACAGAAAUGCUUUUGAGCAACUUCCAUCAAGUUCGACUUUUUCUUGGUGUUUUUUUAACACUUGCUGAGUCAUUAGCAGCUCCCACACACUCAGCAUGUUUAUCCUGCCUUCCUCAAAGGCGAUGGCUCCAGUUAUUCGUCUGUCUUUCACUGUUUCCAGCUGUGGUCACAGAAAAUGGCCAGACUGCCCAAACUGACCACUGGAAAGGGUUUAAAAGAAGCAGACGAAGCGUAUUUAUAUAUAAUUUCUACCAAAAAUAGAAGCUGAGAACUGUAUUUGCAGAUCAGUAAAGACUGAAACGUGGCAGUGGAUCGACUCAGACAGGUGAACACUGAACAUCUGACCAGCGUGAGCCAGUAACAAGUAGUUCUUCUGAACUCUGUGUAGGACUGGGUGUUGAGUUAUGACUCAGCAGAGUCACAGGCAACAGAGUGAGCAAAUUGGUCUUGUUUGCGCUAAUCAGACGAGGAUGCGCGAGGAGAAAUAACAUCAGUCUUGCGUUGUGUGGUUAAAAAUAAUCUCCAGAGCUGCUGUGUCACUGAGCAGCUUCUGGGAAAGCGCGGUGGGAGUUUGGAGGAGCGAGACGCGGUGUGAGCGAGUCCACGGAACGUGAGGAAAUGUAUCAGACGCCACAAUCUGCUCGGGUGUAAAUACGCUGCUGAGAGAAGCAGUCGGAGCCGCGCUGCACUGUAGGUUAAUAGCCUGCUUCCAAAAGACGGCGCUAAUUCCACCGAUGGAGCGCUUUAUUUACUGCGAGCCAACAGGCUCGGAGCUAGGAUCAGGGAUAAUUAACAUAAAAUACAAUCUGUCUCAUGCUGAAUUUCCCGUGUGAGCUCCGUAUUCAUUCAUUUGUGCUGUGGAACAGCACAAACUGUUGCUGUUCUGUGUUGUUCCUACUAUGUUGUUACUCUGGGCCUUUAUGUGUUAGAGGAAAAUCCGUGACGCCUCAGUCUCAAAGGUCCAGACGUGAACUUUGUCACUACAGAUAAAGCAAAGUGCUUUAUGGGUUUCAUUUUAAAUCCUUACAGACAACAGGGAGACACAAACUGGGUUUGUCGGAGCAGACGGCACAAUGGAGGGGUCCACUCUCCAUGAAUGGGAGUCUCCAGACUAUGAACCCACGCUUCCUGUUUCGGAGAAGUCGAACCCCCUGACGCGCGACAUCGACCGCGCCUCAGCAUCCUCCAUAGUGAAGAUGUUGGAGGCGUGCGAUGGGCAGAUGUUCCAGGAAGCAGCAGCUGGCGCCUACCAGCGACUUUUGAGUGACGAAGUGGUGAAAAGCAUGAAGGCGGUGGCGAAGAGGGUGGAGCUGAUUCUGAAGGAUCCUGAGCACAGCCUGGUUGUAGUGAGCGGCUGUGGGACGUCUGGUCGACUGGCUUUCAUCACCACGUCGAGCUUCAACGCAGAGCUGAGAAGACUGAAGCAGAGUCCAGUAUAUUCAUACAUCAUUGCAGGAGGGGACCGAGCACUGUUUUCCUCCCAAGAAGCUCCUGAAGACGAUCCCAGACUGGGCGAGCUCAGUCUGAAGAAGGUGUGUGAGGGAAAGAAGCGGGUGUUGUUCAUCGGUAUUUCCUGUGGACUCUCUGCUCCUUUUGUGGCAGCUCAGUUGGACUUCUGCUUACAGAGGCCUGAGGUUUACACGCCGGUGCUCAUCGGCUUCAAUCCUGCACAUCAGGCCAGGAACGAGGCAAUACCAGGCUGCUCGUUCACUUUCCACAGUGUGGUGCAGAGGAUGCAGCAGCUCUCUGAAAGGCAAAUGGCCUUCGUCAUCAACCCGGCAGUCGGGCCGGAAGCCAUCAGCGGCUCCUCCAGGAUGAAGGGAGGCAGCGCCACCAAGGUUCUCCUGGAGGUCGUGUUGUCUGCGGCGCACGCUGCCGCCUUCUCAGCCGCACCCGUGACGCACAACGGCAUCCUGCAGCACAUGAGGACAUACAAAACCACUGUGGAUGCUACCUAUGCUCAGAGCUCGGGGAUUAGUAAACUGGUGGAAGAAGCAGGACAGAGUUUGCGGUGCGGGAGGUCUGUGUGUUACUUGGGAUGGGCCUCACUGGCUCUUCUGGGCCUGAUCGAUGCCAGCGAGUGUAACCCCACAUUCGGAGCCGCCUACAAAGAUGUGCGAGGCUUCAUCAGCGGAGGCUACAGGGAGCUGAACAACAAUGACGGGCCACUAACUUCACUGGGCCCUGGGUUUGACAUAGCACAUGAUGAUUUCCUGCGCUUCGUUCUGCCUGAUUUGAACGACAGGGACACUGUUGUACUUUUCUACACACACUCGGACGAUAUCAGUGAGGUGGUGACAUUGGCAAGAAGAGUGAGAGAAAAGACGUGUAACCUCCACGCUGUGUAUCAUCACACUGAUGGAGAUGGAGCUUCCGUAUUACAGGAUGACAUCAGCAGCCUGUGUUUAUCUGUGGUACAAUUCACUUGGUCGUCACUUGCUUCUGAGCAAAUACUUCACAAGCAGUGGGAGCUGUCCACUAAGCUGGUGCUGAACGCUGUGAGCACUGGCGCUCACAUUCUAAAGGGGAAGAUUUACCAGAACCACAUGAUCGAUGUGCAGGUCACCAACAGCAAACUGUACCACAGAGCCACUUGUUUGCUUCAGAGGCUUUCUGCUCGUCCUGAAUCCCAGUGUGAGGAGGCUCUUUUGAAGGCUAUCUACCAAGUGGAUGAGGUGUCAGUGGACAUUGCAUCCUGUGACAUAAUCUCACACACACUGGUUGCCAGGACCAGGAGCCAGGUGGUCCCUGUGGCGUUGGUUUGUCUGAUGACCGGAUGCUCGCUCAUGGAGGCAAAGUCUGUUUUGGAGCAGCAGCCGGUCGUCAGGGAGGCUGUGGCUCUUCUGUUUGAUGCUGCAUGAGAGCAAACAGAGCCACUGCACACACACAAGCUAUUUCUAUAUUAAAGCUAUGCUUAGUUUCUC